GUCACCUGUCUGCAGUUUUUUUUAGAUCAAUGCGGACAUCAGUGUCGAGCAUACAAGAGUGAAUUGCUCGAAAAAACAGCACUGCGUAGGAAAAGCUGUACCCGCGUGGGUCUGAGUUAGAGCUUCCAGCACGUGAAUAAGGAGUAUGGCAGCGAAUAUGAACUAUUUCGACCCACCCAGUUCGGCUAGUUCCGAGAGCGAUGACGGGGAAGUUUGCCUGGACGAGCGAGACAUCAGCCUCGUCGACGAGCUGUGCGAAGAUGCUGAACACUACAGACGUUCUGAUAUCGGAACACCUACACCGCAAUCUCGACCGCCUUCCACGGGUUCUCAAAGAUCACCACGAUCACGAAGACAACGAACUACUAGUUUGUCUCAGUCUAGUAAAAAGACAUCUGCAGAAUCCAUCCUUAGGAGUAAGACAAGAACAAUAUAUACAGCUGGUAGACCACCAUGGUAUAAUUCAGCAGGCCAGCAAGUAGAACCUUUUGUAAUAGGAAUUUGUGGAGGCAGUGCAUCUGGUAAAACUACAGUUGCAACAAAGAUUAUUGAAUCCUUAGAUGUACCAUGGGUGACAUUACUCAGUAUGGACUCAUUUUACAAAGUGUUGAAUGAAAAGCAACAUGAUAUGGCUGCAUGUAAUGAAUAUAAUUUCGACCAUCCAGAUGCUUUUGAUUUUGAGCUCCUUAGAACAACUUUACAACGUUUAAAGGAGGGCAGAAAGGUGGAAGUUCCUAUUUAUAAUUUUGUGACACAUUCUAGAGAAAGUAGAACCAAAACAAUGUAUGGUGCCAAUGUGAUUAUAUUUGAGGGAAUACUGACGUUCUAUAAUGUCGACGUUUUAAAGAUGUGCGACAUGAAAGUGUUCGUUGAUACUGACGCUGACGUGAGGCUCGCGAGGCGAUUACGCAGAGAUAUAUCGCAAAGAGGAAGGGAACUGGAGGGUGUCUUAAAGCAGUACAGUACAAUGGUACAACCAGCCUUUUACUAUUACAUUGCACCAUUAAUGGUUCAUGCGGACAUCAUCGUGCCACGUGGUGGAGAAAACGAGGUUGCAAUAGAAUUGAUUGUGCAACACGUGCAUACACAGUUGCAAUUGAGAGGUUUUAAACUCAGAGAAAAAUUAGCUCAUUCAUAUAUUGGUCAGCCAUUGCCAUCUUCUCUCUACCUGCUUCCAGAUACACCACAGAUUAAGGGUCUACACACAUUUAUAAGAAACAAGGAAACGUAUAGAGACGAAUUUAUAUUUUAUUCGAAACGUUUAAUACGUUUAGUUAUUGAGUACGCGUUGUCCCUUUUACCCUUCGAGGAUGUAACAAUAGAAACACCACAAGGAGUGCUGUAUCAAGGAAAACGCGGUGCUACGGAUAAAAUAUGUGGUGUUUCGAUUUUGCGUGCCGGUGAGACCAUGGAACAAGCUAUUAGGGAUGUAUGUAAGGAUAUUAGAAUAGGGAAGAUACUUAUACAAACGAAUCAACAAACGGGUGAACCAGAGCUUUAUUAUCUCCGACUACCAAAGGAUAUUAAAGACUACAAAGUAAUUUUGAUGGAUGCAACGGUAGCGACAGGUGCCGCUGCCAUCAUGGCUAUCAGAGUUUUGUUGGACCAUGAUGUUGCCGAAGAGAAUGUAUUACUUGUAUCAUUACUCAUGGCAGAAUCUGGUGUACACUCGAUUGCCUACGCAUUCCCGCGUGUUAAAAUCGUUACUUCUGCCUUAGAUCCUGUGAUAAAUGAAAAGUUCUAUGUAUUGCCUGGUAUCGGUAACUUUGGAGAUCGAUACUUCGGAACUGAGCCGUCUUCAAUUGAGAAUUAAUGCAAGCAGAUUGCAAUCUGGAUUUUACAGUUACUUAAUAUCUAUUGUUAUAGUGCAAAUACAGUUAUCCCAUAUAUCUUUAAUAAAAUUUGUUAC